AUGGCUGUUCGGCAUUUGUACAUCUGUGAUUUCCACAAGAACUUCAUCCAGAGCGUUCGCAACAAGCGCAAGAGGAAGACCAGCGACGACGGAGGAGAAUCACCCGAUCACGAUGCUGAAGUGCCAGAGGUGGAUCUGUUCCAGCUUCAGGUCAACACACUGAGACGGUACAAGAGGCACUACAAGAUCCAGACCAGACCGGGCCUCAACAAAGCCCAGCUCGCAGAGACCGUGAGCCGUCACUUCCGCAAUAUUCCAGUCAAUGAGAAGGAGACGCUCACGUACUUUAUUUAUAUGGUGAAGAGCAGUAAAAGCCGGCUGGACCAGAAGUCAGACGGGAUCAAACCAGUGGAAUGAAGUUCCCUCGGAUCUGUUAGCUGGCUUCACAAUUCCUCUCUGAAUACUUGCUGUGUUUGUGUCCAUACGGCAGUCUCUUCAGUCGUGUGCUUGUGUAGUGAUGAUGAUGAUGAUGAUGAUGAUGACCCACAGUAACAUCAAUAUCCCGCCGGCGUCUCUGAUGCUCAGAUCUCACCAUUUAUCCAGCGAGGACCUGAUUGAAAGCAUGACAGAGACUGGAUGACUGCAGAUUUUCUCCUCCCAGAAGAGCCGGAGGUUUCCGUUUUUCGUUUCUUUUGUGUUCGUCUGAUCUGUGACACAAACAUGCCUCUGCGUUUAUACGACCGCUGCAUAUCUAUAUAGCUUUUUUUGUAGAUUGUAAUGUUAGUUUCCUUCCUUCCUUUGUUUGGAAUAACUCUUCUAAAUACAGUUCUUGUGGCACUACUCAUAUUAGGACUGAUUGUGUGUAAAUGUGUCACGCUCCAGCUGUAAAAUCAGCUUAUAUUUCAGGAUAACAGGACAUCAGAAGAACGAAUAUGAAUAAUAUCGCUCAGAUAUAGUCUGCUGAGACGCGCGAGCCUCGUCCAAACACAAAUAUGUGUCUCUAGAAUGUGUUGUUAUGGUGGAAACUUGUAUUUUUUAGUAUAAACUUAAGCAGUUUACCUACGAUUUUAUAUAUAAGUAGAACCGAAGCAUGACAUCAGAGCAAAUACACGAUUGUUACUGUGAUUUUAUGUUUUAAUUAAACGAUUAGAUUACUAUUUGACAC